AUGGAGAUAAAGAAAGCUUAUGAUAUCGAACAUAUGUGCUCGACGCAUGGUAUUCAGCAUGAGUUGUGGCCUCUUGAUGACGUUGAUGCAAAGAAGGCAAAGUUUCCCUGUUAUUUAGUUUGGACUCCUCUUCCUGUCGUCUCUUGGUUGGCACCUUUCAUUGGACAUGUUGGCAUUUGCAGGGAGGAUGGAGUUAUUUUAGAUUUUGCAGGCUCCAAUUUUGUGAAUAUUGAUGAUUUUGCAUUUGGUGCUGUUGCUAGAUAUCUUCAACUUGAUAGAAAACAGUGUUGUUUUACCCCAAAUCUGGGUGGCCACACUUGCAAGCAUGGCUACAAGCAUGCAGAGUUUGGGACUGCAAUCACCUGGGAUGAUGCCCUGCAAUCGAGCACGCGCUACAUUGAGCACAAAACCUACAACCUUUUCACUUGCAACAGCCACUCGUUCGUAGCAAACUUUCUGAAUCGGAUAUGCUACGGUGGAUCAAUGCAUUGGAACAUGAUAAAUGUGGCGGCUUUAGUACUGCUCAAAGGGCAUUGGGUUGAUGCCAUGUCUGUCUUGAAGUCAUUCCUCCCUUUUCUUCUGGUGCUCUGUCUAGGUAUUUACAUGGUUGGGUGGCCAUUCGUGGUGGCGCUUUUCUCCUUCUCUUGCUGUGGUUUGUACUUGGCACUUAUUGUUUUAAGACUUUAG